GCUCGGGGUGUGCGAACGUUCGUCAAUUGUGCAUGCAACAUGUCGCGCUUCGUUUCGUCGAAUUAGGGGAAAGGUGUUCGCAUUCUCGCGAUAUUUCUGCGGUGAGCGUGUAUCGCAAGGAACGUGUGAGGCGACGGUUCGGCGUCUGUUUGUGUCUUGACGCGACCAUGAGGACGAUUUGUACGUCGACGUCGCGUUUAUUCCGACGAUCCAUAGCCGAGGAGGCGAACAUAACCCCGAGACAAUGAACCGCCCUGUUUCCGAGAUACCCUGCUAAUCGCGAGCGAAACGGCGAACACAGGUGACAUUAAACGGAUAUUUGGCCGAGGCCGUGUUGAGGUCAUCAUGGGGCUGCUGUUCGCGAAGCUGUGGAGCUUCUUCGGGAACGAGGAGCAUAAAAUAGUUAUGGUGGGUCUGGAUAACGCUGGCAAAACUACGAUACUGUAUCAGUUCUUAAUGAAUGAGGUUGUCCAUACUUCCCCGACCAUUGGCUCCAACGUGGAGGAAGUGGUGUGGAAGAACAUUCACUUUAUAAUGUGGGAUCUGGGUGGCCAGCAGAGUCUACGAGCCGCCUGGUCCACUUACUAUACGAAUACAGAGUUUAUCAUUAUGGUCAUUGACAGUACUGACCGAGAGCGACUCGGUGUCAUCAGGGAGGAAUUGUACUCUAUGUUAAACCACGAGGAGUUGAGCAAGGCUAACGUUCUAGUCUACGCCAACAAGCAGGACUUAAAAGGCAGCAUGACUGCGGCGGAGAUCUCUAGACAGUUGGACUUAACGUCUAUCAAGAAGCACCAAUGGCAUAUACAGAGUUGUUGUGCCCUUACUGGAGAAGGGCUGUAUCAAGGACUGGAGUGGAUUGUCGGACGCUUGAAAAAGACAUGACGUACAUUAUGAGAACCGUUCAUAAGAGAGUCUAACGAAAUAUCCAAAAUGUAAAAUAAUAUUAUCGAAGAUAAAUUAGCUCGGGCCACUUCGACGAUUAUGCGAAGAUGAAGCCUAUCUGGACGCCGUCGCGGCAUUUCGUUAGUCAUUAUUUCGAUCUCCCGUAUGACUCUCAAAGUGCAUAUCCGGUUGCGUCAUUGAAAUCACCGGCGACCGAACCGCUGCUUAUUCACGGACGGUGGACGGGAAAAAUCAUCCUUAAGCUAUUAAUUGCGCGACGAGACGAACAGUGUAACGCGAUUGUUUGCGCGAUGGACAUUGUUAUUUAUAUUGUAUUGAUUAACCAGAGAAACAGAGAUAAGCAAAGGGAAAGUUGCAUGACAUAAGAUACUGUAGACGCGUGUGUGUGUAUGGUGUUGAGAAGAUGGCGGUUUUUCGCACGAAUGACGAAUGUACAAAAUACACGUUUGGUUGGAUUGCCAUAAUUGCUCUCGAUGCCCGGAACGUAGUCAUUGAUCCACGAUUUGUUAGCUUUCGCAAAGUGAGAAAUGUUCUUGAUUGCUUACGCAACGGUAGCCGAAGAGAGUUUUCUGCAUCCCGUCCACCUGCGCUCUGCAGUAUAAAUAUAAAACAGGCAAUGGAAAUAGAAAGGAAGACGGCAGAACUAGUUAUUUCUACUCGUUUGAUGUGAAAGCGAACGGAACUGUUACGCAACGCAGAGAAGUGCACCCGUGUACAUAGUUUUUUAUACUUCGCGUUAAGAGAGUGAGUUCUGUAAAAAGAAAAAGGAAAGGAGGGAAAAGCGACUAGCCGGGCUAGAAAGUACCGGUUUCACCGACAGAUCUUCGACACGUUUCCGUACAUGAAAGGACUGCCUCUUCCCCCUUCUACCAUUAAAUUCACGGUGAACCGAACCUGAUCGACCGAUUGAUACAACUGUGAAGAAUUUCUCAAGGCAGAAUACGAACUGUUCUGUGAUAUGUGGAUUCAAUUCUGAGACAGUUUACAGUUAAUGGCCCGCGCGACAUAUGACUAACAUGCGGAUGCGCGGACGAAAACAAAGAAAUAGUUCGGCGGGACAAGAGACAGCUGACAAAGGAGAGCCAGUAGUAUCGUAUGUGGUGAAAUACGCGCGCGUGACUGGUGUGAGAAUGGGAGUUUCGAAUGAACGACACGCUCGCGAAUUCGCGCUUGCACACCUUGUGGCAUUCCAUUCUGCUUCUUCGAGCGUCCACGAGUCCAGAAUAAUUGUUCGUUGCAAUUGAAAAAAAUAAUAUAAUUUAAUGUUACAUUCGAAUAAUAUAAAUUAUAUUUUAAUUCUUAUAAUCACACAAAAAAGUACUGGCCGAGCGCGAGUUUUAGCGAUUUGUUCUUCGAUCGCAAUGCCGCGAUGAGAAUGACUAAUGAACGCACGUGAAUUCUGACGUAACGUCGGAACUCCUCUACUCGAUCGACAACCGUCUCGUUUCUUCUUUAAUCUCGUUUAUUUGAGGCACACAAAAAAUGUAAAUAGUGAAACUUGGACGAUAAGAAAAUUAUCGACCAAUCAUAGUCGGUCAUUCUUCGACUGCAAGGAUCAGUUUGCUUACUACUUACGUUUUUCUGUGUGUCAUCCGCUUAAGUUAUUGUGGAUGUAACGUUUAAGUUCUAUGUAGCGUGAAAUACUCCAGCAGAUAAUGUUAAUUAUUGUAGUUGAAAAAAAGGGGGAGAAAGUGGAAGAAUUAUCAACGCUGACCUAACUGGUCAAUGGGUAUAUGCGAAGUUCGUUGUAUAGGAAUUGUUAAAAACAUCAACGCGCGCGUGCGAAGGACAGAUGCCGUCUAAUGUCAGAGUGAGAUAAAAAAAAAAGAAAUUAGAUAAAAGAGUUGACGCUGGUUUUCUCAUAUUGAGAAACAGUUUCUUAAAUGUUGACGUAAGAAUGUGUAUCGUGUAUAUUGUUCUUGAAAUUCUACGCGGGAUAUUAUAUCGAAAUUUUCGCUCGUCGAAUUUUUAUCCUCAAACAACGUCCCCUGAUCCCCGCCCUCUCUUACCUUCCUGCUAUUUAACAUAAUUGUGUAAAAAUUUCUGGAAUGUAAAGUACAAGACAUAGGUUGUUUUAACGUCGACGUUAGCAGUGCGGGAGUGCGCGGGUAAAAGUACGAUCGUGCUUGUUUACGAACUUUACGAACACGGUCCGAUCUGCCGGAACGGCGAUUAUGGUUAAUUAAUAAAACUCAUUUCUGAUUCAUGGAUCUUUACCUAUAAUAUAUUAUAUAAGCCAGGGGAUCUUCCCCCGGUACAACUUUAUUAAAAAUAAUAUAACGGAGACUCUAAAAAGUAUGCGAUGUCAAAUAAAUUAAAAGAGUUUCUAUCGGUAUGAAGUA